CAUUCUUAGUUGAAAAUACAUACUUUUCGGUCAAAAAUUCAUUUUUCCAGGUUUGAAAAUUAAAACAUCGCAAACCUGCAAAUGAAAUUUUAGAAUAAUCUGUCAAUAGUUCUUGUUUAGUCUCGCGCAAAGGAAACACAAAAUUUUUAAAAACAUAAAAAUAAACAAAUUUUUCCAACAAUUUUCUAAAAAAAAAUCGUGUUUUUAACUUGAAAAUUCAACUCUCUUGUAGCAAAUUUUCUCCUUUUUGAGUCGAAAAUUAAACUAUUUUGUUAUUCCCUUAUUUUUAUGAAAAAUCACCAUAUUUUCCCUGUUUUAGAGCAUUUUGGUAUGUGAAAUCUGAUGUUCAUACAGCUUUAUGAAAAUGAUCGAAAAAUCUAUUAAGACUGAAAGAAAACGGUUGUUUUAAAUAUAACUUUUAAAAAAGCCACUUUUCCGCGCAAAAAGAUAAAUUUUAAAAUAUAGUGAAAGGUUUGAAUUCAGCACGGGAAAGAGCGGAAAUCAUCGAGAAUAGUCGACCAUCAACCGCUCGAUAAGAAUGCACGUGUAUCGCGCUUUUGCAAUUGAAAAUCAGUGAGUUAGUAGCUUUUGCUAUUGUCAGUUGGGUUUUAAUUUUGGUCUCAAGUGCAUUCUGAGGCGUCAUAAAAUUCAGAAUUAUGUUUGGGUUUUCCUGUGGCAGUAUCGUAGUGUCUCUACUCCUCCUUUUAGUAAUUCUAUGUACAGUGAGCGAAGGCGCCAGAUAUCGAGCAAAAUUUUUCAUCUUUGUCAUUUUUGUUGCAAUAAUAACAACAUGUUGCAUUCCCUUGAUGUUUUUCAGAAUAGGUGAUUGGAGGAAUGCCUUAAUGCCUGCAUGGGGUGCGAGACAAGUAGCCAAACUCCUGGGAAUAAAUUUCCAAGUUCGUGGGAAGGAAAACAUCGUUCAAGACACAGGAUGUAUCGUCUUUGUGAAUCAUCAGAGUGCUCUUGACCUUUGUGUUUUGGCUGAACUUUGGCCAGUUCUUGAAAGAUGCGCCGUCAUAUCCAAAAAAGAAGUUUUGUAUCUUGGAACAUUUGGUUUGGCUUCGUGGCUUUGGGGCACAAUAUUUAUUGAUAGAGUAAAAGGGGCAGACACGCAUUCUACUAUCAAUUCUACAGCAGAAAUUAUCAAAGCAAGAAAGGCUAAAGUCCUCAUGUUUCCGGAAGGAAAGAGGCAUGCUGGAACGACUUUAUUGCCUUUGAAGAAAGGCGGAUUCCAUGUUGCCAUCGCUUCUCAGGUUCCCAUUCAACCAGUCGUUGUUUCGAAAUAUUACUUCUUGAACGAGAAAUUAAAGAAAUUCGAUUCGGGAAUAAGUUACGUCACGAUUCUUCCUGCUAUCCCAACUUUAGGUCUUACGAAAGAAGAUCUGCCCCAGUUAAUAGAAAAAACCUACGAAAUUAUGAACAAAUCUUUCCAAGAAACGACACAGGAAGUGUUUAAAAAGCAUGUUGAAGGCUUAAAACUCGACUAAUAGCAAAGCGAUUUUUUAAUUUAGUAAUUGUAAAAACUUCUAGGACCCAUUGUGAUAUUGGCACAAUUUUGCCUAAGUCCUGUUCAUUCAUCGAUGCAAAAUAACUGCCAAUCGAGAGGCUUAUUAAUUAUACAUGUAAAGUUGAUAAAGAAAAAAAAGGAUAAUCAACCCAUUUGCAAUAAUUAGCAAAGUAAAAAGGAAUAGACGUCGAUAAACCAUUUUUUUCUUUAUCAUAUUUGUCUGAAAAAAGUCCAAUUUUACAAUUCUAAUUUUAUUAAAUUAGUGACGUGAAUCAAAUUUUCUGCUGAAAGGAGAAGAUUUUAAAACAAAAUAUCGAAGUAUUGUGGUAAUUUAAUAAUAAGAAACAAUUUUUCAGUUUCUUUGAAAGACUGAAAUCGAUGAUUGGGACUUCAAGCACCUAAAUGAAAUAAUAUUUUGUAUUCUGUAUUGAAAAUUUUGUACUAUACAUUUAUAUGUAAAAUAAUGCGUGUUUUCGAUUAAUUGAAAGUGGCAUUUUAAUUUCAGUGUCACGUCCUCGUAUUUCCAUUUUUAACUUUUUGAUGGUCAAUGUAAUUCGUGAAAUUUUAUUCCAUUUUUCCUCUCAUUCGCUUUUUUCCCUGCAUUAUUAUUUUUAAUCUAAAUUAGGAUUUAAUUAAAAAUAAAUUCGGGUUAUAAAUUCCACAUUUUCGCAUCGUUUUUUAUAUCAUCGCAUCUUUUACGUUUCUAUGAGUAUUAAUUUUUUAUUUAAUCAGAAAACUUGUUUUAAAAACAUGAUUUACUGUUUAAUCUAGUUUUAAUAUAUGAAUUAUUUUUAUAUCGAUCUUUAAGAAUUAUAUUCUAUCAUAUCAUGUUAUUACCUGUACAUAUAAAAUUUUUUUAAUUAACGAGACUUUAUAACAAUACUUUCUUGUGUAGAAAUUUCUAGAAAAUAGAACUGAUUCAAAUUUUAAACGAUAUGUUUCAAGAAUUUAACAAUAAUAUUCUCUUAAUUUUUAAAUUGUUGUUAGAAAGUUCAAAAGAAUUCAAUUAAGGAUUAAUUAUUUAAUUACUGACAUGUGAAAAUGUUGCACAAUUGACUGUUUCUAAAAUGAGAAAGUAUUCUAGUAUUCUUAAAUUUUUGUAUACAAAAAUCAUAAUGCGAUAAGGUGUAUCCAAAUGAUUAAUAUUAUAAUAAAUUAUUUUUAACUAU